UAUAUCAUAUCUCUCUCUCUCCCCCACACUUUUUACUCUCCCUAUCUUUCCCCUGCCUUCACCGCAAGCAACCAACCUGUCUCUUGUUGGAUAUAUAUGCAGUUACCUUGCUGGGAGGACUGAAACACCACCCCCGCCAUCUCUCUCUCUCUCUCUCUCUCAGAGGAAGAAGACCUCUAGCUUGUUGCUGCUGUUGCUGCUUAUCUCUGUUUCAUAUAUUGCUAAGAGAAGUUUAUCAGAUCUGAUGUACAAUAAAAAGAUUGCCCAAGUUACCAACGUGGAGGCUUAGUGCAUAAAUAAUGGAAAAGGAAAUAAGAGCGCCAGGAUCUCUGAGCUAUGGCCAUCUUAUCGGAGAACCACCGGGAGUUGAAAGAAGAGACGCAACUACAAGCCGUAGUCAGCAACAAGCAGUACUUGAGCAAGGGUCAGAUCCGGUUACCGGUGCAACAACAAUUGCACCGGCCGGGUCGGGUAGAUCCAACUUGAAGGCACAAUUAUCGUCGGCAGCAGGCGCUGUUAGAUAUCGAGAGUGCCUGAGGAAUCACGCCGCGAGCGUGGGAGGAAGUGUGUUUGAUGGGUGCGGCGAGUUCAUGCCGAGCGGCGAGGAAGGGACUUUAGAAGCUCUCAAGUGCGCGGCUUGCGAGUGUCACCGGAACUUUCACAGAAGAGAGGUCCACGGGGAGGCUCAGUUGAUCAGUCCCGGUUCGAGAAGAAGUAUGAUGCUUAGACCUCUUCAACUCCCUCCGCCGCUGCUACACCAUCAAAGAUUCUCCAUGGGCCCUACUGCCGCUCCAAUUGUUCAGCCAAUGAGCGUGGCCUACGGUGUGAUCAGCGGAGGAACCGAGUCUUCGAGCGAGGAUCUCAAUAUCUUCGAGUCGAACGCGGAGGCGGCCCCGACACCGCCGUUUGCCUUGUCGAAGAAGAGGUUCAGAACCAAGUUCACGCCGGAGCAGAAGGACAAGAUGGUGGAGUUUGCCGAGAAGGUUGGAUGGAGGGUUCAGAAACAGGACGAAGAGGAAGUGGAGAAGUUCUGCGCUGAGGUUGGGGUGAAGAGACAAGUUCUCAAGGUCUGGAUGCACAAUAACAAGAAUACAAUGAAGAAGCAGAAUGAGACCCAAACGCAGCCGUUUGAGAUGGGGAUAGAGACAGAGGUGUAGAGAAAAAAAGGAGGAUGAUCAGAUAUUUAUAGGAUCCUUGAUGAGGGAUGAUGAUGAUCCCUAACUGUUGUCACCUUUCAGAAUUGUUUUUAAUUAAUGAUAGCCCUUAAUUUCCUUU